GUUGUGCAUGUUGCGGACACGUUCGUGAGUAGCUGUGUGAAAAUGGCAGCGGUGAUAUCAACUAAACAAGACCUCUUUAUGUGCUCCAUUUGCUUGGAUCUAUUGAAAGAUCCUGUGACUCUUCACUGUGGACACAAUUACUGUUCGGGCUGCAUUAACGGCUGUUGGGAUCAGGAAGAUCAGAAGGGAGUCUACAGCUGUCCCCAGUGUAGAAAGACUUUCACUGCGAGGCCAGUUCUGAACAAAAACAAUGUUAUUGCUGAACUUGUGGAAGAAAUGAGGAAGACCAGACCUACAAUUCAGUCUGAUGCUACUGCUGACGAUGGAGAUGUGGAGUGUGAUAUCUGCUCCGAGGGAAAACUGAAGGCGGUGAAGUCAUGUCUGGAUUGUUUAUUAUCAUACUGUGAAACUCACUUCAAAUUUCAUAAUCAGCUACACCCAGGUAGAAAUCACUCGAUAAUCGGCGCCACUGGUCAUCUACAGGAAAGGAUUUGCUCCCUUCACAAGAAAGCUCUUGACAUAUUUUGUCGCACUGAUCAGAGUUGUAUUUGUUAUUUUUGUCUGAUGGAGGAGCAUAAAGGCCAUGACACUGUCUCUGCUGCAGCAGAGUGGGGCAUUAAAAAGGAAGAAUUGGGCGACAUCCAGACGAGAUGCCAUCAGACAAUCCAGAAGAGAGAGAAGGAGGUUCAGGAGCUGAGGAGAGCAGUUGAGACUCUGAAGAGCUCAGCACAGUCUGCAGUGGAACACAGUGACCAGAUGUUUGAUGACAUCAUUUGCUCUGCUGAGAGAAGGCGCUCUGAGGUGACAGAGUUGAUCAGAGCUCAGGAGAAAGCUGAGGUUAGUCGGGCUGAAGGACUCCUGGAACGACUGGAGCAGGAGAUCUCUGAGCUGAAGAAGAGAGUUGAUGAGAUGGAGCAGCUUUCACACACACAGGACCCCAUCCAUUUCCUCAAGAAUGUAGGGUCCAUCUCUGAUAUUCCUGACAGUACAAUUCCAGCCAACAUGGUCCUCAGCCACCCUUACCUCUCCUUUGAGCCGGUGAAAACAUCUGUCUCUGAACUGAAGACGCAGCUGGAGGAGAAAUUAGAUUUGAUCUUCAAGCAGGAAGCCGUCAAAAUAUCUGCAGCAGUGUCUGAAGUACAGGCUGUUGUUACCGAACCAGUGACCAGAGAGGACUUCCUAAAGUAUAACGGUCACUUCACACUGGAUCCACACACCGCAAACACAUACCUCCAUCUGUCUGAGGAGAACAGGAGGGUGGAGAGGAGAGAUGAGCCCGCCCUGUCAUAUCCAGACCAUCCAGAGAGAUUUCAUGGCUUGUGUCAGGUGCUGUGUAGAGAGGGGGUGUCUGGACGCUGCUACUGGGAAGUUGAGUGGAGUGGGAAGGGGGUUGACAUUGCAGUGUCAUAUAAAACUGUGAGCAGGGAAGGAGCCACAAAUGACAGCUAUUUUGGAAAGAAUAAUCAGUCCUGUAGGCUUUCUGUUGAGACUGGAAAGACAUUUUUCUACCAGAAUAAUACACGCACUGAUCUUCCUCUAGUGGCCAGCUCCAGAGUAGGAGUGUAUGUGGACCACAGGGCAGGGACUCUGGCCUUCUACAGCAUCUCUGACACCAUGAUGACACUCCUGCACAAAGUCCAGACCACAUUCUCUCAAACACUCUACCCAGGGUUUGCAAUAGGAAGUCGAUCAUCUGUGAAGCUCUUGUGA